GUCCAUACCCAUAGCUGUUCUCAGACUGAGUGAAGAGAGAGCUUCAUGUAUGAGGUAAAGCAGUACCCAACAUGCGUUCAGUCAAGUCAAGAAUGAGGAAAAGCGUUGAAGUUGCGGAGUGAGGAAACCCAGAGGGAACACACACGACUUAUGUCAGGUCGGCUCCGUUACUCCUCAGCCAUGGGAACUUUUUUAAACCGUCUAGUCAUUCUAUUUCUCUUUUUGUCAUCGGCAUCACAAGUUUUCGGUUCUAACAUCUGCACAUCACGAGGUGUCACUACGUGUCAACAGUGCUUGGCUGUCCACCCCAGCUGUGCUUGGUGCUCUCAGGAGGUGUUUGGGAAAAAGGGAUCCAGUGUGUCCCGCUGCGACCUGAAACAGAAUCUGCUGGAUGGAGGGUGCAGUGCGACAUCUCUGGAGUUUCCCUCCAGCAUAUUGACUAUUCAGAAGGAUGUACCACUCAGCGACAAGGCCUCGGGUACAGCUGAGGAUGUCACUCAGAUAAAGCCUCAGAAAGUUCACAUGGUACUAAGACCAGGCGAUACCAAGCGUUUCACUGUGUCAGUGAAACAGGUGGAGGAUUACCCAGUGGACCUCUACUACCUGAUGGAUCUUUCAUUUUCAAUGAAGGAUGACUUGGCUCGCCUUCGCACUUUGGGCAGUGAGCUUGCCGUGACCAUGGGCCGCACAACAAGCAACCUGCGCAUGGGGUUUGGAGCCUUUGUGGACAAGACCACAUCCCCUUACAUGUACACCUAUCCUCCAGAGGCAGUGAAAAACCCUUGCUAUGGAAUUAGUCAAACAUGCCAGGCUCAGUUCGGGUUUAAGCAUGUGCUGCAGCUGACGGAGAAGGUGGCACGCUUCACGGAGGAGGUGGAGAAACAGGAGGUGUCUAGAAAUAGAGACGCUCCAGAGGGUGGAUUUGAUGCCAUCAUGCAGGCUGUGGUGUGCAAGGACAAAAUCGGCUGGCGUCCAGACGCCUCACAUCUACUGGUGUUCACCACUGAUGCCAAAACUCACAUCGCCCUGGAUGGGCGUAUAGCUGGCAUUGUCCAGCCCAACGAUGGACAGUGUCACCUUGAUGAUGACAAUGUUUACAACAAAACCACUGUGCUGGACUACCCCUCCUUGGCACUCAUGACUGAAAAAAUGUCUGAAAAUAACAUCAAUUUGAUUUUUGCCGUGACGAGCUACGUGGUGCCACUCUACCAGGAGUACAGUAGGCUCAUUCCAGGCACGGUAGUAGGAACCCUAUCCGAUGACUCUGGGAAUGUUAUUCAGCUCAUUGAGGAGGCUUAUGCGAAAAUCCGCUCUAAAGUGGAGCUGGAGCUGCUGGAAGUCCCAGAGGAGUUGAAUCUCUCCUUCAAUGCCUCCUGCCUAAAUGGAGAGAUCAUCCGUGGACUCAAGUCCUGUUCAGGCCUCAAAGUUGGAGACACGGUGUCAUUCAGCGUGGAGGCUCAAUUGCGCGGCUGCCCCAAGGAGAAGAGCCGCACUUUUACCAUCAAACCGCGGGGCUUCAAGGACUCCCUGGAGGUCACGGUGGAGUUUGCGUGCACUUGCAACUGUGAGGCAAACAAGGAAGUUGACAGUCCCCUCUGUAGCAACGGCAAUGGGACCUACGAGUGCGGCGUGUGUCAGUGUCACCAGGGUCGCCUGGGCCCCCGAUGCGAGUGUUCAGUGGAGGACUACAGUCCGACUGAUGAUGCCAACUGCAUGCCAAAGCAAGACAGCCCAGUCUGCAAUAGGAGAGGAGACUGCUUAUGCGGACAGUGCUCUUGCCACACGAGUGAGCAUGGUCAGGUUUGGGGACAGUACUGCGAGUGUGACGACUUCAACUGCUUGCGGUUUAAAGGGGCACUUUGCUCUGAUCAUGGGAAGUGCAACUGUGGCUACUGCCAAUGCGAUGCUGGCUGGACAGGAGAAAACUGUAACUGCUCCACACGCACAGACAGCUGCUCGUCCAGCAUUGGCCUGCUGUGCAGCGGCCGGGGUAACUGUGAGUGUGGGGUUUGUCAGUGCACUCAGCCUGGUGCCUAUGGAGCUACCUGUGAGAAAUGCCCCACCUGUCCUGAUUCCUGCACUAUUAAAAAGGCGUGUGUUGAGUGUCAGCACUUCAAGAGAGGACAGUACAUCGAAGACAACAGCUGCAAUAGAAUCUGCAAAGAUGAAAUCACGGAAGUGGCUGAACUGGUUUUCAAUGACAGAAAUGCAGUGAAUUGCUCAUACAAAGAUGAAAAUGACUGCGUGGUGCACUUCCAGUAUCAUGAAGAUGACAGUGGCAAAUCCAAUCUGUUUGUGGUAAAAGAGCCAGAGUGCCCUGAGGGUCCAGAUAUCUUGGUUGUGCUCAUGGCAGUGGCUGGAGCCAUUCUGCUGCUGGGCCUUGUUGGUCUGUUAAUCUGGAAGCUGCUGGUCACCAUCCAUGAUCGCAGAGAGUAUGCCAAAUUUGAGGAGGAAAGAACCAAAGCCAAAUGGGAUACGGCUAACAAUCCUUUGUAUAAAGGAGCAACCUCCACCUUCACCAAUGUAGCGUACAGAGGCAACUAACGACUAAAUGGAACAAGAAAAACUCAGGGGACAAUGACAAAGAUGGAAUGUAGUAGCACAGAAAUGGAUGGGAAGAAGCCUACACUGUCAUGUGACUAGCUACUGUAGCUGAAAAGUAGUUAUUGCUGUCAACAUCGUGAUGAAAUAAUUGUACACAUUGUAAAAAUGACUAGAACUGUUAAUAUAAGUCACAGGCAGUUGCAUGCUCGUCCGUUUUCUGCUGUGCCAUGUCUGUGACAUUCUCUCAGUGCUGCCCAUGCAGUCAGAUUGGAUUAUAUUGUCAAGGUACGGUUAAGGGAACUGCUGCUGCUGCUGUCGGACUGUGGUUUCCUUGUUAUAAUUUUGUCUUUCAGAGUGCAGCUGCAGCCUAUUUCGCAGUUUCCUUUUCACUAAAUUGAAAAAGGCAAUUUCAGAUUAAUCACAACAAAGUUCAUCAGUAUACCCAAAAUGUGCACUGUGGAAUUUUUAUACAUUAUUAAAACAUGCUUCAAGGGCUUCUAUACACAUUAGCAUCUCCUUUAUUUUUAAUAAACAUUAUUUUUAACAAAAUCAUUUAUAGUAAUUAUUUUGUCAAGAAUGCAGCACUCUGUGGAGCAGUUAACUGCAGCCUCUAGGCUGAUUUGGUUUACAGUGAAGAUUGUGGUCUAUAUUGUUUUUGAAAUGCUUACCAUCAAUGGUAGCUUUAUGAGUGCUAUGACAUGUUUCUUUAUCACUGCAUCAUCACCUGUUUUUGUGUUUGUUGGGCUGUUUAAUUGUUCAUUUUAUUUGUAAAAGUAUUUCAAAAAAUGGUGAUCUGUCCUGUCACUGCUGAGCUAUAAAUUGUUUGAAAUGUUUCAAUUUCCUACUGACCAGCAUUGUGUUACACUGAAAUACCAUACUCUUUAUUUGUGUAUUUGAGCAGAUUUUAUUGCACAUGGCCAAAAUGCCAUGCAUUUGUUAAUUUGGAAAUCCCUCUUGCUUGUUUGAAACCUCUGUAUGGGAAAUAUUAGUACAGUGUGAGAUGAAUUCUGGUUGUACAGCUCUAAUCCUCUCUCAGGACAUGGUCAGAAAACUGUUUUGUUUGUUUGUUUGUUUUACUUGUUUGUUGGUUUAUUUUUGCACACUUUUUUAAAGAAUCCUUUAGUUCUUCACAGUGGGGGAAUGCAUAAAGAUUCAUUAUAUCUGACUUCACCAGUCUUUCUGUGAUGCCUGACAUUUGGUUUCCUUUCAACAAAUGAGAGCAGAGCUGAUUUUACUCUUUAUUAAUUUCAGACUUGCAAAAGCCUAAAGGACAAGUGUUUUAGAUUCACAUUUCAACUCCAAAGCAAUAUGUGUUUAAAAUAAAGAAAUACAACAUAAUAAACUAGACCACAUAUUAAACCCCUUCACUGUUUAACUGCAGAGGGUAAUGGAUCAUAAAUAAAUUGGUGUCCUAUUACCAAGAAAAACACAGUGAUCAUAAGAUCUUCAGGUUCUAUCAGAUUGAACUCUGCAUGAAGCGAAAGACGGGGGUCAGUUCGACCAUCUCGCCACAUCUCACAUGGACAUUAAUGUGAAACAAAUUCUAGUGUGACAGCACCAUUUGACUGAGUUCUGUACUGUGCCGCCAGGCUCACAAAAAGAGGCCCCAGAAUGUGCAUUCAAUCUCGAGUGACCAUUCAAAUAAAUAUCACUGAUGCCCCAUGUGA